GCUGAAAGUCUCUGAGGACGAAAUUACAGAACUGAAAGAAAUGUUCUCGAUGAUAGACACAGAUAAUAGUGGACAGAUCACCCUUGAGGAACUGAAAAAGGGUUUGGAGAGAGUGGGUGCUAAUCUUAAAGAAUCUGAGCUUCUAUGGUUAAUGGAAGCAGUAGACGUUGGUAACAGUGGUACCAUAGAUUAUGGUGAAUUUAUAGCGGCAAUGCUUCAUCUAAACAAAAUCCAGAAGGAGGAUUGUCUAUAUGCUGCCUUCACUUAUUUUGACCAAGAUGGUAGUGGAUACAUUACAAAGGAAGAGCUUCAACAAGCUUGUGAAAAGUAUGGAAUUCUAGAUGGUAACAUAGAUGAUAUAAUACGCGAAGUUGAUAAGGAUAAUGAUGGACGCAUUAAUUAUAGUGAGUUUACUACAAUGAUGCAAGAAACUGACUUUGGCAAAAUUGGUCUACCUAAAGCAUGAGUAAAAAUUGCUCCUAUUUUUGUAUUUGUCUUGAUGUAGAAUCAAUAUAAUUGAGUAGUUUCAUGAAGAUAAUUUUUUUUA